GUGUCAAGUCUCCCAUGUGCUAGGUAUAGACUGUAGAAUAUGCCAGUAAAAGUUACUCAAACCGCUGUUCAUCCGCCCCCACCGGUCAACUCAAAACAGCCUGGUGUGUCUGGUAGUUUGUUAUACAACGGAUCUAGAUUUUGCGGACAUCAGAAAUCAAAAGGAAACCAGUACGAUGUAGAAGUUGUAUUACAGCAUGUUGAUGAGCAGAAUGCGUAUAUGUGCGGGUACCUGAAAAUACAAAACCUCACUGACGAGUAUCCCGAGAUGGUCACAUUCUUUGACGGAGAGAUUAUCAGGAAAUAUAUCAAAUGCGUAAAAAAAUCUUCCAAAAAUAGUUCUUAAAAAGUUAUUGGUAAAUUCUUGGCGUUCUACCAAUACUCACGAACCUUUAAUUCGGACAAUUUCUGCUACGACGAGUUGAAGGAAACCGAUUAUGUUUUCAUGCGUUGGAAGGAACAUUUCCUUGUUCCAGAUCAUACAAUAAAGGAUAUAAACGGGGCUAGUUUUGCUGGGUUCUACUAUAUCUGUUUCCAGAAAUCUACUUCUACGGUGGAAGGAUAUUACUUCCAUAGGAACUCAGAAUGGUUCCAGAGUCUAAACUUGAAGCAUAUACCUGACCAUAGUGUACAGAUUUACGAGUUCAGAUAAACAGUAAACAACAACAACAACAACAACAACAUAAACAAUUUUAUAAAAUUUAUAGAAAUUUGUUAUCAUUCUUGGACAUGAAUUAGGAACUUAUAUUAUGUAAUUGUAAUGUAUACUGUAUAGCUAUCAAAAUCAAAAAAUAGUUGGUCAGAAACUAAA